AUGGCACAGUCUAUGCCGCGUACGGAGCCCCACAGUCUAUGCCGCGUACGGAGCCCCACAGUCUAUGCGGCGUACGGAGCCCCACCCCACAGUCUAUGCCGCGUAUCCACUAUUCGAGUUACAAUGAUAGUCCUACUUCCGGUGAUGGCGUAUCUGCUGGCAGGUGCGUGCGCAACGGCACCGGCUGGUUGUACGGAAACUGCUGGUUUAUACGAGUGUGAUUUUGCAACAGUUUCUAUGCCAAUGUCCGCCUCGUCAUUCAGCAGUCCCUCACCUCAGAGAAUAAGAAUCGUCGACAUCAAUGCUGAUUUCAGCACCUCCAUGUUCAAUGCUGAUUUCCUGACUGUAGAGAGCGGGGCCAGCUUCGAAGCGAAUUUUCCAGCCACUCUAGAACUGAAAUGUUCACCUGCAAUGUCGAGUACCUUCGACAUAUCCAGUGGAUCCCUCGCCAACAUGGGCUACAUUUAUGACCUGAAAAUCAUCAACUGUGAUCUUGGACUUGGCGCAAACGCUCUCAGUGGUUUGGGGACCUUGGACCGCCUGAUUAUCGAGAACGGGACGAUACAGUCUAUUGAUGCUACAGCAUUCACUGAUGUCACCAUUGAAAAACCGGCAAACCUGACUCACGAUUUCUACGUUAAGACCGGAGAGUUGGUGAUCAGAGACUCCAAGGUGGCUUCUGGCGCCCUGCCAGACACACUGCUCUCGGGACAGUCCGGGAUUGUUUCUCUUACACUCGAGGGUCUAGAAGUGAGCAGUAUCUCUUCCUCCAUGUUCAGUGACAGUACCAAACUACGGUUCCUGUCGCUAGGGCACAAUGCCCUUACAGAGCUUCCUUCCGGUCUGCUUGAUGGUCUCGAUAGCUUGGCGGAACUUCAUCUUUACAGCACAGAACUCGACUGUAGCUGCGAACAGCUCUGGAUGUAUUCAGAAUCCAUAAUAACCCGGAUGAAGAUAUUUGGUGACGUCAUUUGCCAAUCGCCAGCUGCUUAUUUGGACAAGAAGGCCGUGGUUUACUACUACGCCGAGUGUGUUGCCGAGGUAGAAACAUGCACUGGGGGGAUCACGUUGCUAGGCGCUUGUAUCACGUGGAUGGAGAUAGGCCUUUCAAGCAUGUGUUUUAUCGCGUUUGUUCUCGCGAUGGUCGUGUUUAUUCUCGUCCUAGUUACCAGGAAGAAGCUGGUGGGCGCGGGAGGUGCAGGUGGAAAGAAUAAAACCUCCGUAACAGCAAGCGUCACCAACAAGAAAAAGCCGGGACGGAAGCAGGGAUGGAAUUAA